GAACGCUCGUCUCAGGGGUUGACGAGGGAGGUGUCUAUGGACAGCAACAUCACCGCGAGGGAUGGGGCGGGCUCGCCCGACUGGGUUCAGCAUUGAUCUCCAUCGGCGCCGAAGACAACCUCCUCCCUCACACCAGCGACUGCCCAGACUCGACUUGCAAGCAUGGAUCCAGCGAGCCAGCCCGAUCGCCCGACAGACGAGGAAAUCCUUCGCUUUGAGCGAUCCAUCAAGGAGCAAGAAACCGGGAACCAGCCUCUUGUCUCGGAAUUGCUAGGAUUUGAGGGCCUGCGAGCGGAAUAUCAAAGUGGGCUCGAGGCGUUCCGAAGCAAGGUCGAGCAACUGGCUGAGAGCCACAUGGGUCUGCGGACGAUCAAGAAGGACGGCAACUGCUUCUACCGAGCCUUUGCCUUUCGUUUUUGCGAGCUUGUCUGGAAGAAUGCUGGCACCGAUUGGGCAAGCGUGAUGCUGAACAGGGCGAUUGCAUCGCAGGCGCUGAUGGCAGAGAUGGGCUACGACAUGAACCUGCUGGAGGAGUUUUGGGAUUGUUUUGCCGAGGCACUGAAGCCUCAUGGAAAGACGCCGGAGGACCUCCUGACGAUCUUCCAGACGGACUAUCUCAGCGACACGAUCGUUUGCUAUCUGCGACUUGUGACGGCAGCAGUCUUGAAGAAGCAUGCCGAGAUGUACGAGGGAUUCGUCCUGGACAGCUAUCCAAGCCUGACGGCCUUUAUCUCUGCUCAAGUGGAGCCGAUGAACGUCGAAUCGGACCAGAUCCACAUCGUGUGCAUGGCCAACGUAUUCGGAGUCGAUGUGAAAAUCGCCAACCUCGACCCGACCGAAGGGUCGGACGGAGCCGUGCUGAACUUUCACGAGAUUACGCCCAUGGAUGCCGUCGGGAUCGACGAAAAGGACCGCCCGAAGGUGGUGCUGCUCUACAGGCCCGGUCAUUACGAUGUCCUGUAUCCUCGGGCCUGAUAUGGGCCAUACAGAUACACACCUCCAAGAUAGAGCUGAGCGCCAACGACACUCGCCAUCAGAGCGGAAUGCACCGUGGUUGAGGGUCGGUAGUGGCAUAUUCUGGAUUAUGAAUACA